CUACUUCAGAAUCUGAGACUUGACUACCAAAAUGAGUGCCCAAUUGAGUGCCUGGCGAUUCGCUCACACUGAAGGUCAUGCCUGCAUUCGAUACACCCCCGAUGGGAAUCAAAUAUUAACGUGUGGAUUCGACGGAGAGGUCCGUGUCUACCGAGGUAUCGACGAUUCGGAUCCUGAAUCCCAUUUGGCCGGCGAAGAAGCCUUCGCUCUGACUUUGACCUCUGAUCGCUUCUUCGUGGCCUGUUCAGGUACGAACAAGGUCCAGGGCUAUAAUCUGAAGGAUGGCACGCCCACCGGAGUGGUGACUCGAUUCACGGCCGAUGCCACGGCCUUGGACAUGAGCUUGGAUGGAUCCAAAUUGGUCGCUGGAUCCGACGACACCACCCUUCAAUUGGUGGACAUGGAGUCGUACCAAACCAAAGUGUUCCAAGGUCACAGUGCGCCAAUUUUAAAUGUGGCCUUGGAUCCUCGAUCGGACCAACCCGAAUACAUCCUUUCCUCAUCUUGCGAUGGAACCGUCAAGGUUUGGAACAUACAAGGCGAGAAUGAGGUCCAGACCUUUCAGGAGGUAUGGCUCAAAUCCAACGACUUGGCCACCUCCAAGGUUCCGGGUACAAUUGCUUGGCAUCCCAACGGAGAUUUCAUCGCCGUGCCGCAAAACGACGGUGUAAAGAUUUAUGCCCGUGGCUCUUGGGAGUUGGUCAUCCAAUUCAAGGCCAAAGAGCCCUUGGAUAAAGAAGAGGUCAUGGGAUCUGUCGCCUGGUCGUGUAAAGAUCCGAAUUUCUUGGCUAGUGCCACGACCAAGGGACGGGUCUUCAUUUGGGAUGUCGAGCAAAAGACGCAGGUGUUUGCCACCCAAACCAAUCGGGAUUAUUCCAUCUCGGAUCUGGCAUGGCAUCCCAAGAAGUACGAAGUGGCAAUGAUUGACAAUCAGAGUUGUUGGGGAAUCUUGAAUCAAAUGACUUUCGCGAAAGAAAAUCAGGGAGAGAGGAUAUCAAAAGAAACCAAAGCGACUGACGAAGGCGAUCUUGAAGAAUAUCUGGUCAAAGGACAAUCGGAUAACGGUGACGAAUUGGACCCGGAACAACUAGCCGCUCUCAUGGAUGACGAUGACGACGACGACGACAACGAGAACUCCUUCUCGAUCAGUAAAAUCAAGCGAGAUACCGGAUUUCUCUCGGAUGAUGAAAGCAACUUAUCCAAACCCGAAUCCACCGCCACCGAUGCCAAAGACAAGCCCAACGAGACAUCAGUGGCACCUCUUCCACCUACCAAGACUCCCGAACCCGUGGCCCCGGCCUUUUAUGACGUGGAGAUCCAGGAGCCCUUCCAACCCACGGCCACACCCGUUCGAUUGUCCUCGCGCUUCAUGGUGUGGAACGACGUGGGCGUGGUCAAGUGCUUCAACACGGACGACGAGAACUCAAUCGAGGUGGAUUUCCACGACACUUCCGUGCACCACUCGUUCCACAUCUCUAAUGCCCACAACCACACCAUGGCCGAUCUGAGCACGGAAAUCCUGGUUUUGGCCUGCGAGGCCUCCGAAGACGACCUGACCCCGAGUCGAUUGGUUUGUCGACUCUUUGGCAGCUCUGAUCUCACCAAGGAAUGGUCCGUGGAACUCCCAGGGAAGGAAGAGAUCUUGGCCGUGUGUUGCGGUCAAGGAUGGGUGGGUGCCGCCACGGAUCGGCGUCAGUUGAGGAUCUUCUCCUCGGGUGGCAAUCAAUUAGAAGUCCUCGCCCUGCCUGGCCCUAUCUUGGCUCUGGCUGGUCACGGACAUUUGAUCUUGGUCACUUGUCAUGUCGGGAUGCCUUUGGCCGGUAAUCAAUCCGUGUGCUUUGCGGUGUUCGAUCUCAGUCCUCGCCGUCGUCAUCCCAGUUCUCAAUUCCAACCCUUGCCCUUCGCUCCGAAUUCCUACCUCACUUGGGUGGGAUUCUCGGACGAAGGCACGCCGGGAAUGAUGGACAGCUCUGGGCAGGUCCGGCUUCUUCACCACGGGUUUGGCUCAUCUUGGGUCCAGAUCUGCGACACGCGGGACACCCUGAAGGCCAAGAGUGACAACCAUUUCUUGGUCGGGAUCAACGAACAGGAACAGAAACUCCGGACGAUCUUGUGCAAAGGAGCAAGGUAUCCGGCCACCACUCCUUAUCCCACGGUGGCGUUGGUGCCGUUCUCUUUUCCAUUGUGCGAGCCCGCCACCGAAAAGAGCCUCUUGGAGGAAGAGUAUUGGAAGUGUGACCUGGUCACGCGGUCCCUGAGCGCCAUGGAGUCCCGAUUGAAUCAGGAUCUCGCCGAGGACAAGGGUGAGAUUGAGGAGUCUCAGAGUCGAUGCCUGAUCAAGUUAUUUGCACUAGCCUUGAGCAAUGAUCACGAGACGCGGGCCAUGGAAGUGUGCAAGCUCAUGGACACCCAUACAAUCUCGUUAGCCAUUCGUUAUGCCACCUCCAACCGGAGGAUGCAACUGGCCCAAAAGAUCGGGGCUUUGGCCAACGACAUCCAGGAGGAACAGGAGCGGAUCGAGCAAGAGCGAUCACAGAGUCAAAUGAGUCACGCGGACAUGUUUGAAAUGCGAAGUCAUCAGGCAGGAGAUGAGAACGGAGAUGAUGACGGGGAGGAGCAUCCUCAUCCUCGGCGAAAUCCAAUCUUGGAGGCCAAGUUGUUGAAGGAGACGCCAUCGGGGCUGACCAAAACCAGGUCCAUCAUUCCGGACAGUCAAAGCGAUAUUCGAAAUCCAUUUGCUAAGCAAUCCCGACCGGGUUCUCUAAGCGGUGCAAUUAGAAAAGGUGACACCGUGUUUGAUGACAUGACGGUCAAGUCCCAAUCGACGAAAAAUCGCGGAAGUUUUGGAGACCGUCGAAUCCAACAGCCCUCUCUCAAGGCUAAUAAGAAUCCAUUCGGUAAACAGAGCACAAUCGUGUUAAAGAAAACGCCCAAUCCUGGAGCCAAGGAGAAUGACACUGCCUCUAAAUCUGCCAGUCCUCUUUCUGGCUUCCAACUGUGGUUGGCCGAAAACCGCUCCAGACUAACAGAGCUGUCCGAGUCCGGAAUAGAAGACUCUGCCAUCAAUAUCAGAGGUCUUGAGAUGUGGAAAGAACUUGACAAGGAGGAAAAAGAGAAGUACAAAAGCCCACGAGUUCCCAAGCGAAAAAUGCCAGAUCAACCCAGUUCCCUCUCCACUCCCGCCAGUAAAGUGCCAAAAAUCUAGCUCAAUUCACUUUCCCUUACGUAAUCACGCGUGCACAGACUUCCUCAGCACGUUUGUAGUGUUUCAAUGAAAUAGACUUGAAUGAUGAUUUCCCACGA